AUCUUCCACCUUGUUAAGUACACGCAGGGAAUUAAUGGGUAUUUAAUUAGCCAUGAGGCAUUCAUGUAUGUGUUUAAUAUAAUAUUGAUGGUUUUUGCCAUGGUCAUGAUGAGUGUUCUUCACCCGUCAGUAAUAUUAGCUAGUGAUUAUAAACAUCAUCAGGGUUUGAUGGAGAGUUUGAGAUCGGUACCAUAG